UUUGGCUCUGAGUGUUGCCUAAGUUUGCACGGGAAUAUACGCUGCAGUCUGGAGCCGGAAUGACCCUGCUUAAAAGAGAGUCAUGAAAUAAAACUGAGGGAGGAGCCUCUGACCUAUGUGGCGAACCACAGCAGCAGUGACUGAAUUGACAGGAUUGGAAGACAGAACGAGAGAGGGGGUUUAAGACAAAAAAAACCCUUAGAGCAACGACAAAGUGAAAAAGAAAAGAGAGAUCCAUUUUGCACACCUGAACAUGAGGAAAUAACGUGUGUUGGAGAAAAAUGCUAAAAUAACAUAAAUUAACAAGCUACAGAAACUUCCUGAAGCGGACAUGUAAAAAACUGCAUUUAUUUUCAGUAAUGAUAAUUAAAUAAUUUAAUACAUAGAUACAUAGCUAGAGGAGAAGAGAGAGAGUCAGCUGCCCUGUGAAAGCGACGUAGACGCAGGCGUGAGAGAGGCGGGGUGUGUAUUUGAAAACGUUUGGAAAUCGCCCUAUUUGUCGCCUGGAAGCUGAGGAUUUGGGAUUUUGACCUGGAGGUAUACGGCGAGCGAGAGGGGAGAAGGUGGGGCCGUGGAACGAGAAACUGACUAAAUACAAAUUCAUCACCCGGCGCUGGCCGGCUGUGAUCGACAUCAGGGAGAGAUCCAGAAGGAGCAGCAGAAGCCGUCAGGAUUUAUCACUACAGUUUUAUCAAUUACUACUGGAAUUUGGAGCGUACCGGAGAGGGCGUUGUGAGAUUUUUUUUUUUUUUUGAAGAAAUUUGUUAUACAUGUAUAUAUGCAUAUAUUUUGCUCAAGAAGAAACAUACAGCCACACAAGUGUGCAACCGCCGAUUGCAUUUUUCUAAUUUGACAGCGAUCUGUCGUUUUGGGUGGGUGAUCAAUUCUAGGGAUUAUUCUCCCGUUCUUUUUGGACCAUGGCCGACGACGACGUGCUGUUUGAAGAUGUAUACGAGCUCUGUGAAGUGAUUGGAAAGGGACCAUUUAGUGUUGUACGACGAUGUAUCAACAGAGAAACUGGACAGCAGUUUGCUGUAAAAAUAGUGGAUGUUGCUAAAUUUACUUCAAGUCCUGGUUUAAGCACAGAAGAUUUGAAGAGAGAAGCAAGCAUUUGUCAUAUGCUUAAGCAUCCACAUAUUGUUGAGCUACUGGAAACCUAUAGUUCAGAUGGGAUGCUCUAUAUGGUCUUCGAAUUUAUGGAUGGAGCAGAUCUGUGCUUUGAAAUUGUGAAAAGAGCUGAUGCUGGCUUUGUGUACAGUGAAGCUGUUGCUAGUCACUACAUGCGGCAGAUACUGGAGGCAUUACGCUAUUGCCAUGACAACAAUGUCAUUCAUAGAGAUGUGAAGCCCCACUGUGUUUUGCUUGCAUCAAAAGAAAAUUCAGCCCCUGUUAAACUGGGUGGUUUUGGAGUGGCCAUACAACUUGGAGAGUCUGGAUUAGUUGCUGGAGGGCGAGUAGGUACGCCUCAUUUUAUGGCUCCUGAAGUGGUAAAGAGAGAGCCGUAUGGGAAGCCAGUGGACGUCUGGGGUUGCGGUGUCAUUCUUUUUAUUUUGCUUAGUGGUUGCCUACCAUUUUAUGGCACGAAGGAAAGGUUAUUUGAGGCAAUCAUCAAAGGAAAAUACAAGAUGAACCCAAGACAAUGGAGUCACAUAUCUGAAAGUGCUAAAGAUCUGGUACGUCGCAUGCUAAUGUUGGACCCUGCAGAAAGAAUAACAGUAUAUGAGGCCCUCAACCAUCCCUGGCUCAAGGAGAGGGACCGAUAUGCCUAUAAAAUCCAUCUUCCUGAAACAGUGGAACAACUGAGAAAAUUUAAUGCCAGAAGGAAAUUAAAGGGUGCAGUACUAGCAGCAGUUUCAAGUCACAAGUUUAACUCAUUCUAUGGCGAUCCUCCUGAAGAGCUGCCAGAUUUCUCUGAAGACCCUACUUCCUCAGGACUACUAGCUGCAGAAAGGGCUGUUUCACAGGUGCUAGACAGCCUAGAAGAGAUCCAUGCUCUGACAGACUGUAGCGAGAAGGACCUGGACUUUCUGCAUAGUGUCUUCCAGGAUCAGCACCUCCACACUCUACUUGAUUUGUAUGACAAGAUCAAUACAAAAUCAUCACCACAGAUCAGGAAUCCUCCUAGUGAUGCAGUGCAGAGAGCCAAAGAGGUACUGGAAGAGAUUUCCUGUUACCCUGAGAACACGGAUGCUAAAGAAUUAAAAAGGAUCCUUACACAGCCUCAUUUUAUGGCCUUACUGCAAACCCAUGACGUGGUGGCUCAUGAGGUUUAUAGUGAUGAAGCAUUGAGAGUUACACCACCACCCACUUCCCCUUACUUAAACGGAGACUCCCCAGAAAGUGCCAAUGGUGACAUGGACAUGGAAAAUGUCACCCGAGUUCGUCUUGUACAGUUCCAGAAGAAUACAGAUGAGCCCAUGGGAAUCACUCUUAAAAUGAAUGAGCUAAACCAUUGUAUUGUAGCAAGAAUUAUGCAUGGUGGAAUGAUUCACAGGCAAGGAACUCUACAUGUUGGUGAUGAAAUUAGAGAAAUAAAUGGAAUCAGUGUAGCCAACCAAACUGUGGAACAACUGCAAAAGAUGCUUAGAGAAAUGAGGGGAAGUAUCACAUUUAAGAUUGUGCCAAGCUAUCGCACUCAGUCUUCAUCUUGUGAGAACCUCCCUGUCUUUAAAAAUGUCUCCUCUGGCAUAUCUAGAGAGUCCCCAUCCACUUCCAGACAGUCCCCAGCUAAUGGGCAUACCAGCAUUAACAGUUCAGUUUUGGACUUGCCAGCAACUACUCAGCCAAAAGGACGACAGAUCUAUGUACGGGCACAGUUUGAGUAUGAUCCAGCCAAGGAUGACCUCAUUCCUUGUAAAGAAGCAGGCAUCAAGUUCCGGGUCGGUGACAUCAUACAGAUUAUCAGCAAAGAUGAUCACAACUGGUGGCAAGGCAAACUGGAAAAUGCCAAAAAUGGAACAGCGGGUCUUAUCCCAUCUCCAGAACUCCAGGAAUGGCGUGUUGCAUGCAUAGCCAUGGAGAAAACAAAACAGGAGCAGCAGGCGAGCUGUACAUGGUUUGGCAAGAAGAAAAAACAGUACAAAGAUAAAUAUUUAGCAAAGCACAAUGCAGUAUUCGACCAAUUAGACCUCGUCACAUAUGAAGAAGUAGUGAAACUGCCUGCCUUCAAAAGGAAAACUCUUGUCUUAUUAGGUGCUCACGGUGUUGGUAGAAGACACAUUAAGAACACACUCAUCACAAAACAUCCAGACAGAUUUGCAUACCCAAUUCCUCACACAACAAGACCUCCAAAGAAAGAUGAAGAAAAUGGGAAAAACUACUACUUUGUAUCACAUGAUCAGAUGAUGCAGGACAUCUCAAAUAAUGAUUACUUGGAAUAUGGUAGUCAUGAAGAUGCCAUGUAUGGCACAAGACUAGAAACAAUACGCAAGAUUCAUGAACAGGGACUUAUAGCAAUUUUGGAUGUUGAACCCCAGGCCCUGAAAGUUCUCAGAACAGCUGAAUUUGCCCCUUACGUAGUUUUCAUCGCUGCUCCCACCAUAACUCCUGGCAUUAAUGAGGAUGAAUCCCUUCAAAGGCUGCAGAAGGAAUCGGAAAUUUUGCAGAAAACAUAUGCACACUACUUUGACCUUACCAUCAUCAAUAAUGAGAUUGAUGAGACCAUCAGACACCUGGAAGAGGCGAUUGACGUUGUGUGCACCACUCAACAAUGGGUGCCUGUUUCCUGGGUCUAUUGAGACCCCCCCUUCAAAAGCAUCUUUGUGGAACUUCAUCAUUCCCUGCAAAAUAAAGCAGAAGACAUACACCUCAAACAGUGAAAAACCUCGUUGUAAAUGACCUGACGUCAAUCAGUCUCGGCCCCUACAGACUACCUAGAUGUAGUAUAGCAUACAAUUUUUAAAUAUUGUCAUGUCCUUAUAGAUAGGAGGCAACAUUUUAUAGAGAAUUUUUAAAGAGACAGUAUCCAAAUGUCCAGUACAAACUUUAAAUUAUAAGAGAAAACAACCUAUGGGCGUCUGUGAUAUUUCUGUAAUAUAAGAUGGAAUAACCCUUAAAGCCCCUCCCUCUGCCUUUGAGACAGACGUUCCCCACUGUGGCGUCCCCCCCUCCAUCAUCGGAGUCCCAAAGCCAGUGCAGGCCCCCUUUUGUGAUGCUGUCUCCUUAAAAACCACCUACAGUAAAUGUUUUAGAGAUUUGAAUGAGGUCUCAUGCAUGUGGACAGUCGCAAGCUCUCAUGCUGUUGGUGUUCUCAGUGUCAGACUGCUGUGAUCUACAGCGGAGUACAUUCCAUUAGGUUGGAAAUCGAGGCGCACCCAAGGGAACAAAAUCUUUAUGGAAAUAAAUUGUAACCUAUGCACAUCCCUUGCAUUUUGGGCAAAUUUAUAAAACAACUGAUUUUUAUUAAUCAUGUAGUGAGAUGUGUUUGUAAAUUGUCUCAACUUUAAUUUGUUGUAUGUAAGGGGAAAGAAAAAAAAGAAAAAACAAACUCUGCCAGGUUCACCAUUUCAGAAGUGUGUCGUUUGAGAGUAUUAAUGUUUUAAUUAAGCUUAAUCAAAAGAAGAAAAAAUGAUGAUUUUUAUUCUGUAUGUAAUUGUUUUAAAGGGGGGCACAUUUUGCAAGUAAAUACUGUGCAGAAGAAGAAGAUCCAGUUUGUGUGUCCAAUUCGAAAAGCUGUGUAUAUCACAAACUGUUUACUUCACAAUUGCCCUGUGUAAAUUCCUCUGAAAAUGAGAAGCAGCUCUACAGUUUUUUUAAAUAUAUUUCCUUUUAUGUGUUCAACAAGUAAAA